CUCUUCUUCUUCCUCUUCUUCUUCCUCUUCUCCUUCUUCUUCUUCCUCUUCUUCUCCAACUCCAACUCCAACUCUCAUUCCUUUCUCUCUCUCCAUCCCGGACUGAUUCCUAUUUCUCAACGAACUGUGCCCACGAGCGUAUUUCAUAUUUCACACUCAGACACACGCGCACCCCCCUGUGGCAAAGUCCCCAUUUCACCACUCCUCACACCUCGCCACUCUUCUGCCGCCUAAGCCCUAUUUCCUCCUCUUUCUCGUCUCCAUCCUCUCUCGAACCCUUUGCCAGAGAUGGUCGGAAAGCUGUUCAACGACUUGGUCACGGCCCUGGACAUCAUCCCCUCCUCCUCAACCGUCCACCUCUGUGUCCACCACCCAUCCACCUGCGCUCUCUCGGGCAAGGUUCGCGUCCUCGCCAAACGCCCCUGUAUCUACAAGUCCCUCGUCCUCACCGUCACCGGCACCACCCGCAUCUGCAGUCGACAGGGCUCCAGGACCAUCAAAGCCAAGCAGGUCUUCUUGAAUGUAUCGAAGGAGAUUCUCUUUGAGGGCCACAGUGCCACCGGAAGGAGGAACUCGGCAUUAGCGCAGGGAAAUGCGGAGACUGGAAUGGCGCCACGCGACAGUCCGAAUACUGAAGAAGGAGCACGAGAGAGAGAGCAGUCGCCCUCGGGGACGACCCCAGCAUCGCCGCCAUCCAGGACACAGAACCAACUGCUCCCAGGCGUAAACGAUAUCGACUUCCGGAUCGAAUUCCCCUCCCACAUACGCUCCAAGGCCUCCACCUCUACUCCAUCGCCCUCCACCCCCUCACCGCAAUCAGACCCCGACCUAUGCAGCCUCCCCUCCGGCCCCAUGAAAACCACCGCCGGCGACUCCUCCAUCAUGUACACCCUCCGCGCAACGCUCGUCCUGUCCCGGCGAGACAUUCUCGUGAACAACCAUAUGACGGCCACCACCCCCUUCCGGGUCCAGUCAUGGCAGGACACGAUCGAUUACCGACAGAGUGAAGACCACUCCUUCCACGGAAAGCGGCGCGGAAAGAUCGAGUUCCAGUUCCAGGUACCGAAGCAGUUAGACCUUAGAAGGCUCCAAGAGCUGCAGUUUGGGUUCAAGGCCAGUUGGCGGACUCUGCAAGAUCAGCUUAAAGUCAAGGAAGUACAGUAGGUUCGGGCCCUGGCGACUCAUGUGUCUCAUAUCUCCUCUCGCGUACAUUCCCUGCGACCUCCUCCGUAGGUUCGGUCCAAAGGUCGUCCCAAUAAUGAACACCUCCAUCAUCUCGACCUCCGCCCUGCACGACUGCUCCAGCUACACCAUCCCGACCAACACCUGGGGCCAACUCCGAGCCGCUGCUC